CAAUGAAUAAAGUUAAAAAAGUGAGGGUAUAAUGGUCUUUACAUACUAUAAAAAAAUAGAAAUAGAAACAACAUUUUGAAUCUACAAAAUAGGAAAAUAGGAACUAUAUUAUAAAAUGGAGGGAGUAACUAAAAAAAAAUAGAUAGAAGUAAAAUAAAAGGAAAGUUUAUAAAGCGCAGAAUGACGCAUUCACCCUCGAAUUCCAUUCCUUUCCUUAAUUUCAGUUUCACUUCUCCCAGAAACCAACACCAAAAACAACCAACCCAAUACAAACUCACAACUCCCACCUUCUCCUCUCUCUCUCCUAGUCUCCUCCCUCACCUCUCCAAAUCAUCCAUCAUUCUCCUCACUCAAAUCAAACUCCCCCAAAAAUUACUCCACCAAAUUCAAAUUCAAAUUCAAAUUCCAACCUAUGAAAAAACACCACCACCGUGAACACCACCACAUCUCCGCCGUAUUCUUCUUCCUCCUCCUCCUCCAUGUCCACCCUUCAACCUCAGAUCCAAGCGACGAAGCUUGUCUAUCCCAACUCUUCACCUCCUUCCAAGACCCGGCCCAUAAUCUCAAAAACUGGACCCAGCCCAACUUCGCCAACCCAUGUAACGGCUUCGACUCUCACCUUCAAGGCGCCACUUGUAACAACGGCCGCAUCUUUCGCCUUUCUCUCUCCUCCCUCUCACUCCAAGGUACCAUCUCUUCUUCUCUCUCUAAAUGCACUAAUCUCCAAACCCUCGACCUCUCCUCCAACUCUCUCUCCGGCGAGAUCCCUUCCGAGCUAAAAGACCUUUCUAACCUCGCCGUCCUCAAUCUCUCCGGUAACCGUCUCUCCGGUCAGAUCCCUCCCUCACUCUACCUCUGCGCUUACCUUAAUGUCAUCGACUUACAUGGGAACCAGCUAGUGGGGCCCAUCCCUCAGCAAUUGGGUCUCCUUGUACGACUCAACACAUUCGAUGUGUCGUAUAAUAAGUUGUCCGGGGUGAUUCCGCCGUCGAUUGGGAAUCGGAGUGGGACGUUGCCGAGGUUUAAUGCGACGUCGUUUCAAGGGAAUAAGGAUUUGUACGGAUACCCGUUAGAACCGUACAAAAAUAGAGGGUUGUCUGUGAUGGCGAUAGUUGGAAUUGGGCUUGGAAGUGGGCUUUUGAGUUUGAUUGUUAGUUUUACAGUUGUUUGUAUUUGGUUAAAGGUUUCUGAACAGAAGAUGGCUGCUGCUGAAGAAGGCAAGAUUAGCCACCAUAUGCCUGAUUAUUGAUUUCUUUUCUUUUUUUUUUUUUUAAUUUUAAUUUUUGGGUUUUUUUUUUCUUCUCUAAUUUAAUUUUAUUUGCUGGGAAAAUUGUUAGUAUAAGAUAAAUAUAGGUUGUUUAGUUGACAUUUUUCCAGUUUGUAUGAAUUUGAUCUUAGUCGCUACUGAUCUUGAUUUUCAGAGGGAGGGGAAUUGAAUUAUGGUUGUGUUGGUUGAUUUGACUUUUUUUUUUUGGGUGGUUUUUCAAAAUUUUGUUUUUGUUUUUUAGUUCGGAAUUCGACAAUGUACAAAGAAACGAAUUGAACAUGUGAGAGAUUCAUAAAAUAGUACCCGUAUAUACGAGUUUAUGUUGAAUGCCU